AUGAAGUUGUUGAAAGGUUUAAUUUGUGUACUCUGGGGAUUCCAACUGUGCAAUACACUUCCCACCUUUUUUGAUGGAUCUCAAGGGGUAAACCUAGACAAACUAUUCGGAUUUAUUAGUGACGUCGUCAACGAAGGAAUAAAGCUUCACCGGGGUUAUGGACAGCAAAGUGAUAAUGGGAAUUAUGGCGGAGAUCCCUACUGGCGGUCAACGGGAAAAAAUGAUGGCAGACCAACUGUUGGGGUCUCAAAAUAUGAAAUCAUAGACUUAAAGAUCAAGCCAAAAAAUUAA